GGGUAAUAACCUCCUGAACGAGGUUACGUUUAUCAGAGAGAAUAAUUUGUGUGUGAAUAGGAUAUUGGUGGCGUCAUAUUACUAUUACUGUAUGAAAACAUAUGCAGGGAGAAGUUGUUACGUUCUUAUACUAAAGUUUCAGUAAUACUAAUUUUAUUUCACAGGUAACUGCUAAAAAAACAACUAUUUACAUUUCAAAGUUUUGUAAACUUUUUACUGCAAAGAAGAAGAAAACUACUAUCAGUAUCAAAAUGGUGCAAGGUGGGAUGUCAGUUGUCAAGUACUUGUUAUUUGCCUUCAAUUUUAUAUUCGUGGUAACAGGAAUAGCUCUUAUUGCUGUUGGUGCAUGGGUACAGGCCAAGGCAGCUGAGUAUGUUGACUUCCUUGGAGAUAGAUAUGCUUCAGCACCAAUCUUGCUUAUUGUUGUUGGUGUUAUCAUCUUUAUCUUGUCUUUUAUGGGCUGCUGUGGUGCCAUAAAAGAAAAUUACUGCAUGGUGAUGACAUUUGGUGUUCUGUUGUUUAUCAUCUUUGUCCUGGAACUGGCAGCUGGUAUUGCAGCUUAUGUAUACAAGAGUGAGGUGGAAGCUGUAAUCAGGGAAAAAAUGGAACAGACCAUGAAGAACUACAAUAAAACAGAUUAUGAAAUUGUCAAAAAAACCUGGGAUGAUGUGCAGUCCAAUUUGAAGUGUUGUGGGGCUAACAAUGCAAUUGAAUGGAUACAUUACUUGGGUAAUGACAACCUCCCAUAUAGUUGUUGUCAAGAAAAGGACCCCAAGAAAGAAUGCAAGUUAACUGAUGAUCAUUAUGAAAAUGGAUGUAUUGAUGCAUUGGCCAAAUUUUUGGAAGCAAAGAUUGUAAUUGUUGGAGGUGUUGGCAUUGGUAUUGCUUUUGUGCAGGUCAUUGGAAUCAUCUUUUCAUGCUGUCUUGCCCGUGCCAUUAAAAAGGAGUAUGAACAGGUUUAAGGGUCUGAUGACUUAAUCUUGCAUUGUCAGGACCUUUGUCUUUUCUUUGCACAAUAUCUUAACUCCAUUUCUCAAUAUAUUUUACUCUGGGUAGGCACACUAUUCAAACUGCCAACUUGCUUGGUUGCAAUAGAAAGGCUGUCCAAUUUUUUAUUCUAAGGAUUAAGAACAAAUUCUUGCAUUUUUUUAUGGAUAUUGUGUUUUCAAGUAUUGUAAGUGUUAUACUACUUAAGAAGUUUUUAUAUAGAUAAUGAUGAUUUUAUCUAUCCAGCUGAGAGUCUUUUUUUGUUUUCAAGGAUUUUUCUGUGAUAUUUUAUUCUUUAGUUUUUCAGUUAGUUUAUGCACCCAAAUUCUUUUACUUCAUUGUUUAAUUAAAAUAAAUAAAAAGUUAGUUAUGGCAGUUUUGGUGGGUAUACUUCUCCUAGUUAAUAUUAUUAACAGUUGUGUUGAUGAAGUAGUUAUAAUCUGGAUGUGUUAAUAUGUUCUGAAACAGUUUAUUCCAAGUUAGAGAAUUAAAAGCAUAAUUACUGUUUGUCUUAUUAUCAGUUCUUUUAUUCCUGUAGUUAUGUGUAGUUUAUGAAACUUGAAUAAAUCUAAUCUUUCCAA